UUGUGUUGUGUAGUAUGUUGUGGUUGUGACCCGAAAAUGGCCGAUUAUUUUGUAAACUUAGUUUUUGUUUGUGUCUGGCACUAAAGUAGGGUUAUAUCAUCAAUAUAUAUAUAAAAAGAAGUUAUGGUUUUUAAACGGAUCCAAGAUGAUGGAAAGAAGAAUAAAGCUAAGAACGCUAAAUAAUCAUAUAACAUGCAAAAUAUGUAGAGGUUAUUUAAUUGAUGCCACAACUGUUACUGAAUGCCUUCAUACUUUUUGCAAAAGUUGUUUAGUUAAGCACCUAGAGGAAAACAACACCUGUCCAACAUGCAAUAUAGUCAUACAUCAAUCUCAUCCUUUACAAUACAUUAGUUUUGAUAGAACUAUGCAAGAUAUAGUAUAUAAAUUAGUGCCAGACCUACAAAAAAAUGAGAUAGCAAGGGAAAGGGACUUCUACAAGAUCCGGGGUCUCACCUGUCCCAAAGACAUACAGAACAACUCCAAUGACUUCCAUGAUGAGAAAUCUGUGGCAGAUGUGCAUGCAGAGUCAGAUUAUCACAGACAGGAUGAACAAGUGAAUGUGUGUCUGGAAUGUGUUAGCAACAAUUUGAAGUCACUGAAGAGGAGGUACAUUAGGUGUUCAGCACAAGCAACAAUACUGCAUCUGAAGAAAUUCGUCGCUAAGAAGGUCCUCAAUGGGAUGGAGAAAUACCGAGAUCCUUCCCACAUGUUGCAGAUUGAUAUAUUGUGCAAUGAUGAAUUGUUAGGUAAAGAUCACACGUUGAAAUUCGUCUAUGUAACGCGGUGGAGAUUUCAAAAUCCCCCGUUGACACUGCAGUACCGUCCUCGGAUAGACAUCUAACAUUUACUUAAACGCGCGAAAACAAACUCCAUAACAAACAAACCAUUUUACUGCUGCAUACAAACAUGUGAUUUUUAUACAAAAAGAAAGAGAAGAGAUAAUGGUCAAGUACUUUAUAUUUAAUAUUUCGCUUCGAAUCACGGUACUUCCAUGCAGCGGGAUCACGCGAAUCUAUAUUUUUAUGUUCAGAUAACGCCAAAAUUUUGUAGUCUACUUAUAUGUAUAUAUACAUGUAUAUACGCGUAUUUAUUUAUAUAUGUAUAUGUAUAUAUUCGUACAAAGCUUACAAGUUCAAGCAAAGGUGAUAACCUUGUAUGGGAAUAACGGUAGAUGGUAGUAGACGAAAUAGUAGUUGGGUGAAUAUCGGGUUCAUUGUUAACACAACUUUUAACGACUUUUUCCAUAUAUUCGUAAUUUUUUUAUGCGCUAUACAUCUAAAGUUGUAACCGGCCGAGGUUUUUGGACUAUUUCUUUGAGCAUACCGGUCUGUUAUUGUCUUAUGGAGGAGCCAACCAUCUCACUUGAACGAAGUGCCUUUGAUCUUGAUGCAAAACGAAAUGGAGCUCUCCUGAAUAUUCAAAUUGUCCAACAAAUAGCAAGAAAAACUUUGGUUUUUGUUGCAUAACCGAUGCUUACGAGAACUGUCCUUAAAUCUCGGCGAUCAAACACCACACGGGUACGAUCUGCGUGCAUACAAGGUGUCCUGUUUGUUAACAUCAAGGACCCGCGCGUGGUCGCAGCUAAACAGAAAUCUCAGGCUUUCGUGGCUUCCAAAAGAAAACUAUACCUAUAUCAAAUUCGUUUGGGCGUCUGUCUUUCUUCUAAAUCGUUCCAAAAGCAAAUCAUUGUUGUUCAUCUAGUUUUGGCCGAUGUGGUAGAAAGUACCACUUGCCCGCGUAUGUAUAUACACAUUAACGUCUAUAACGUGUAUAUAUUUUUAGAAGCAAUAAUUCGGAAAUCGAUGCAACAGGUGCGGCCCAGCAGAUAUCACUGAAUUGCCGGGUGUCCAUUCGGAAAAGCAAUAAGUAUUUGUGAUAAAUGCUCAGUGGGUUUUAAAACACCCGAAAGUGUUUUGUCUGUAGAUUUUAAUAUUUGUUGAAUAUUAUCUACAAAUCCGUUAUAGUUCAUUCUGUGCCUUAAUAUAAUCGUAAUUAAUUAAAUUAUAAAUAGUUAAUGUGUGUAAAUGAUCCAGUUGAGUGAGAUCGAUGCUCGAUGUAAUGCAGGGUGCGAUCUGUAGUCGCUCUCUGUUCCUUUAAACCAGUGUUUUUCAACCUAAACAAUUUAAGACCCUCUCACGGUACACCAGUAUACUGCGACACAUCUGUUGAAAAUCAAUGCUUUAAACCAUCGCUGUAACAUCAAUGGUACUAUAGUACCAUCAUCGAUCUCUGACGGUAUCCGUAGUAUGGAUGGAGUGGCGCGCAGCCGAGGCCGCUCCACUAAAUUGAAAUUAUUAUGUUCAUUCUGCAGGGAGACAAUAUCAAUCGAUAAUAAUUUCGCCUAAAAAUUGCAUUUAUUGGAUCGGCCUCCGCGCUUUAGAAUUAAUAAAUGAAUCGUUUGAAGCAUGCUGAUCAUUUUAUAUAUUUAACUCAUUAUACUACACAAUCGCACUCGCUUUCAGUGAUAUUUCUUGCGCCAAACAGCCGUACUUAAGUAUUUCAAAUCCGUUCAAAACAAAGACGUACUUACACUUUUGGCGCUCCCAUGCUAGUAUACACAGUUUUAGCGCCAAAAAUAUCAAACAGUUACGGCCUGUUCUGCAUCGAUUUCACGGCGCGCUCUAAAGAUGGAUUGUGAUAAAUGCGUACAUAAUCAUUGUUUUCAUGUGUAUGUUUAUUUUUGAACCAAGUGCCCAGCCAAGUGCCAAUUUUGGACGAUUAGCAUAAAGAAUACGACCCCCCGACUGACAAACAAAGCAAAGUGAUUAAAGUUAAAAGACAAAAAAAAAGUAAAUAAAAAUAGCAAAAGUAGAAAUUUUAUAUCAAGAUUACACAUUAGGCGAAUUGAAAUUUUCAAUUAUAGUACAUUUGUUUUUGGACCAUCCAGGCAUGUACUUUGCGUUCUCGCCUUAAUUCGUUUGCAUCGGAAAGCAAAGCGUAACGGUAAAGUUAGAGAAAAGAAGAGAGAAAAAAAAAUGCUUGUCUUCCACUUAAACAAUCAAAAUGCAAGAAAGAGUGCAUUGCUUUUUAAAUACCAUUUUCGAAUUCAUUCUAGAAUUCUGCCUGUUCAAAAUGUCAGUUUGUGAUAACCAGAGUGUGAAUGUGCGUGUAGGGGUUUUAAAAAUCAUUAUUUUAUGUAUUUGAUGUAAUUGUUAUUUCGAAUACUGUCGCAUUUAGCAGUAAAUGGCUUUAUUUUUAAAUGUUUUCUUCUGUGUUCAAGUAGUUAAUUUUAUGUGGAUCUUUUGUUCAACUAUAGAAACGGGUCUUCCAUGCAGUGAAUCUUUUAUACAAAAUCAAAUAAAUUGAGAAAAACACACUCGGUAAUUGGAAAUGCAUUUUCCUGUGUACUGCAGUACUUUAACAGUACCUUGAUCAGAGUUUGUUCGUUUUGUUAUAUUAUUUUCUUGUUUUUUUUUUUAAUUCAAACAUGUCUUGAUGUAGGAUUACUUUUUUUUUCUAGUCGUCACUUCUAUUAACUUUCAUUUCAUCCCUGGUUUUAUAUAUUGUUUUAAUAUUUGUUCUUCUGACUAUUCAUAUACAUAAGACUGCAUUUUCUUAGGUUGUUAUUAAUGAAAAGAUUCUCGGCGGCUCUCUUAAAUAAGUAACUCGUGUACUGGAAUUGAACUAGUUGUGAUCUCAAUCUAUUCGUGAAUAGAGUAUGUAAGCCGUACGGGAAUGGAGAGGUUUUAUUAUGUUUUGGCAAUAGCUGCUUAACUCAAGAUAUUAUUUUAUCUAUGUAUGAGCUCAUGUAACAUAUAAUAUAUAUAUAUAUCCAUAUAUAUAUAUAUUCUAAGUUUAUUUAGACAAUUCUUCGCGUUGAUUAUUUUAUGAGGUAGAGUGCAUGCGUUAAAUGUGUAUUAACAAUGAAAAUAGUGUUUUUUUUUGUAUUGUAUAAAUCAAAUUUGCAAAUACUAUAUAUAAAUAUUGUAUAAUUUUCAAGCGUAGAAGAAUGAUGAGUACAAAUUUUUAUAUAUAUAUAUAAAGAAGAUUGCAAGAGAACGGGGGAGGGGGGCUAUAAGAAAUGAAACAAAAAUAAUAUUAUAUAAUAAACAAAAUGAAUAAAUUUAAUACUUAAGAUUUAGUGAGAGCAAAAGAGUGUAAAAAAAAUGUGACGAGCUCCGGUUCGAUUUGUUUAUUUGUAAAUAUAGUCAAAUAUGUUUUCAUUACGACACGUAACAUGUUUUAUUCAAGCACUAUAAUUGUAAUAGGUAGAUGAUGGACGUGAACUCAUAGGUGGCCGGCAAUGUUUUAGUUCUAUAUAUUAUUUUUUAUUUUUAUUAUUUCUGUUUUAUAUACAUAAAUAUCAAUAUUACCUCGCGCAAUAAUAAUCGUUAAGGUUAAGAUAAUAUUUGUAAUAUUUAUUUUCAAUAUUGGUUGAUAAUUAUUAGAAGGUGCUGCCUGUAUUCGAUUAUCUCAUGUUAACUUGCGGCACGAAUUGUUGAUUGGUCUGUUGUCUUUCGCUUAGGAAGAAGACGACUUUGUUUAUUUUUUAACUGUUGUGAAAUUUCCAUGAGGAAAUCAAGAUACGGAAUAGGAUUCCAUCAAAAUAGAAGAACAUGGACACACCAUACACCAAGAGGAUUUACGAAGAGGAGAUGAAGAACAACAAAAAAAAAAGCAGUUCAUUCUUUUUUGUUUUCGAGUUGAGUUUGCUUUACCUUCAGUUAUGAUGUCCAGAUGACUAGGAAAUUAGCGAAAUUUUCUUAAAAAUAAAACUAUUUUUUUACA